AAAAUACCGGAAGUUAAAUGUUUCAGGUGAAGCCGUUCUAAACUGGUUCCAGAGUAGAUAGCAUUUGACUGGGUAGACAAGUGGUAGUUCAUUUAGAAUAUAUAUUAUUAACUAUGGAUAUGAUGACCGGAGAGCUUACAAAACUAUACUUCUACGAAUCCAGGCUUGAAACAUUUAAAGGAUGGCCUUUCGAAGAGGACUGUAGUUGUACCCCCGAAAACAUGGCUAAAGCAGGAUUCAUUCAUACACCGUCUGAAAAUAGUCCCGACGUUGCUCAGUGCUUUUUCUGUCUCAAAGAACUGGAGGGAUGGGAGCCUGAGGAUGACCCUUUGAAAGAACACAAGUCCCACUCUCCUCAGUGUGACUUUGUUGCUCUAAAAAAGCCCGUUGAACACUUGACAGUGGAGGAGUUCCUGAAGCUCCAGAAGGAGAGGCAGAAGUUCCAAAUUAGGAAGACGUGCAAUCAAGCCAUCGAUAAAUUUCAAGAGGCAGCAACAGUCAGAAGAGGCCAGAUUAUCAAGACUUCAAUGGGAGAGGAGUGAUCCUUAGCCUGUGAUCACACUGUGUGCUGGACACCGGUCUCUCUGUCUCACUCUUUCAGACGUCAGUUCAGUGGAUGGAGAAAGACUCACCCUUUGUGAGGGUAUACGUAUGUCUUCAGACACAGAUCAACAAGAUUCAAGUUUCAUUUAGCAUAUUUUAAUGGGCAACUCUGAGUGAAAACAUUAAUAUUCAUCUCCUUUGACAAGCUUUGUCAUUGUGUUUGCCAAUUAUAUUUGUAAUACUCUAAAUUGCAGGCCUUUGCAGAAUUUAUUUGUGUAAAUUAAUUAUUUCCAGACUUGUGCGUUUUUAUUCUGUCCACUGAUUUCCUUUAUUUUUUAAUAAAGCCUUUAAGCCUAUA